UUAUUUAAAUGUUCUUGAUGAUUUAUCUUCUGUUUGCUUCUUAAAUUUGAAGUUUUCUUCCAGUAUCUCAGAGCAAGACCUUGAGCUAUGCCAUCUGCUUCAAUUUCCAUUCAUCUGCUAGAUACGUGGGGAAAGUUUUUAAUAAGUAGGUUUUUGGACCAGCUUCCAAGACUAGUGUGUUUAACUGAUAGUAUGUUACUAGCUGAGGUAAUUAAAAUUUUCAGUGACAAGAGAAGUUUCUUUCUUGCUCAUAUAACAGUUUAAAAAGCAGGUGUCAUUAGUCAAUGAGCAGCUCUCCUCCACGUAAUGACUCAGGCUCCCAGGCUCCUUCCAUCCUGUAGAAUAGAGGUCAACAAACAUUUUUUUGUAAAGGGCCAGAUUGUAAUGUUUAAGGCUUUGUGGCCACAGGGUCUCUGUUUCAACUCUUUAAUUCUGCCACUGCACUUGUAUUUCUGUAGACAGUACUGUAAUAUGAAUGGGCAUGGCUGUGUUCCCAUGAAACUCUGUUUACAAAAACAGGCAGCCUACUGGAUUUGGCCUGUAGUUUGCUAACUCCUGCCAUAGAGCCUCAGAUACUUCUGCAUUGUUAGUGGUUGGGCAAAAGGAAGGCAUACCUGCUUCUUAACCACAUGGGCCCAAAAUGACAUACAGCAUUUUCUCUACCAUAUAAUUGGAGAAAAUGGAGCCCCAUCUAGAUAAAAGAGGGAAGCCUGGGAAAUGUAGUCCCUAGCUGGACAUGUAUUACCCACAACUCUGAAAGAUGGAAAGAUGCAGAGAAGGGGGCCUAGAAUUAUAGCUAGCUGUCUCUAACCACAAACUAUAUUCACCUUAAUUUUUCUUUUUUCACAUUUAUUUAUCCUUAUAAUAGCUUAAGGUUAUUGCAUACUAUAUAGUUUUUUGACUUUUAUUUUUAAGUAAUAGAACACUUUUUUUUUUUUCAAAUAAAUUCUUAGGAGGAAACCCAGUAUAUAGAAAACACCAAAGUGGAGAUGCUCUGGAAUUGAAGCAGGAGAGUGGGGGGGGGGGCAGGAGGGACAGAAUGCCAUCAGCUUAUUGGCCUGUCUCUUGACAGAGAUAAUACCACCAGGCAUUUGUGAGGAACAAGCAAACACGGUGUGAAAACCAAUGCCGUAGAGUUAAUACUGUGAUAAUGAUGCAGAGUUUUAAAAAAUCACAGAAAUCAUCAUUGUGAGGGUAAUUCAGUAAAUUAUUUAUUUUAAAUCACCUGAAAUUUAAAUCAUUCCAAAUUACUGUUCGCCAAUACUCCUGUUGAAGUUCUCGAGUAACUACAAUCUCUCUUGGAUACCACCAUUUAUACAGCUGUUAAGAGAGUUUAUUAUAAGGGACUUUGACCUGUUCUUUUCCCUGUCUGCUUCUUCCACUAAGUUGAAAAUAUUUUGAUUUUUCAGUUCCUUGAGAAAAAUUGAAGAUAGUAGGCUCCUCUUAAUCUCUUUAUACUUACCAUCAUUUCAACUAAAGGGUGUUCUAGUUUUAAAUCAACGUUGAACUUUCCAUUCUUUUACUUGAUUUUUUUUCCUCCAAAAUAAUGAAUUUUUUUUUUCAGGAUUCCAACUUUAUUAAGCACACCAUCAUUAGAGUUGACACAUGGUGGCACUAUUCUUAAAUGGAAUAGAAAAAAGAAAUAACCCAUUAAAUUUCUCCAGGGUCAGUUUUGACAUAGAAAAGAAAACAUUGACCUCAGUGAAGCUUUUUAGAAAUUGUAUGGUGAUUCACUAUUGCAUGAUUGCAUUAAGUGAUUAACCAACAAUUAUUUAUUGAGCACCUGUUGUGUACAAAGCAGUCUGAUGGAGGACAUAAGAGAUUUUUAAUCUAGUAGGAAAGACAAAACUGAUGAUCAUACCUUACACACAGAUAGUCCUUGAGCUGAUGAAACAAAAAAGUUACUGUGAAAAGAAGAAAAAGUCAUUUGGUAAAAAAACACACAAAGCAGUGUAUAUAUACUAACCAGUAGAAGUGUAUGUAUUUAUUCAUUCAUUUCAUAAUUCAGUCAUUCACUAAAUAUUUAUGAAGUGGCUACUAAAUGCCGGGCACUGUGCUAGAUACCAUGAAGCAGUGAAGUAGAUAAGCAUGGGCCCUGCUUUCAUGGAAGUCAUAAUGAGUUUAUAGCCGUGGUUAGAUCAGUAUCAGCAUCAUCAGCAAGGAAUAUGGUACUAAAUCAUUUUAUGGCUAUUGGAGUAUCAUAGACAUUCUUAUCCCUUUUACAAACCAAAGGGAAGGAGAUCAGAGGUAGAAAUAGAAGUGAAAUGACUUUUUGGUGGUUUUACUUUUCUACAAGAUUUUAAUUGAUUUGUCACUCCUUAGCCAAGAUAAUCUUGUGAUAUUACAAAAGAAAAAACAGCACAUUAAAACUGUGCUUCCUAGGAGUUUGGGUUUAAAGAGUAUAUUGUAGGUCUUUUCACACUGUAAUUUCAACAUAUUGCAUAACAAUGAAAAGGGACAGCAAGUUUGGGUAUUUCUCACUCACAACUUUUAGUUAUUUUAUAACCACAUGUGUUUAUUUAAUUCCUCUUAAGUUAACUCUAUGGUUAAUGAAUGAAGGUCAUGCUAAGAAGUGACUGAAUAGGCCUUGGAUCAAGGAAGACACAAGGUCAUACUAGGGUUUCCUAAACUAUUUUAGGCAAAGUACAUUUCCAAACUCAUUUAUAACCAUUACUAACCAGGAAAAGCUGAGCUUGACCAAAAUUCUUCUCUAGGGCUGGGAAAGAAGGAAGAGCACUCGGAAACAAUCAUUUCAAGAGACACUGUCCAGAAAGAAACAAAUAUGGCUGGGAGGAUCAGAUGCAGAUUACAUGGUCAAUCCUUUAUCCAAAAAAGGAAAAAGGACACAAAUCUUAUACCUGGGUUAGCAUGUGAGCAACAGAUGGUCAUCUAUAUAAAUAUCUUGCUUUCUUGUUGUUUUUUAAAAAUAUUUCAUGUUAUAUUUUUCCCUUUAUAGAUUCAUAGUUAACUCUGAACAAAUGAAGUUGUAUUUUUUUUAGACACCUAGAAAUAAAUGUCUACAAUCUGUUUUUGUCUCCAUUCUUGUUAGACAUUGCACAUGGCAUUUUGAGCCUUGCCCCAGAUCCAAUAAUUUUAAAAAGUAAAAAUAGCUUUAUUAUUACAAAAGUACUAUUUAUUAUAGAAAAGAUACUACCUAAGACUAAGCAAAAAUGGGGGAACUUCACAAUCAUUGUACAUCCUUGCAGAUCUGAAAAUAUAUUUUAAAUGUUUAUCUUACUAUUUAUUAUUUAUUAAAAUAAUAUUUAAUAUAUUUUAAAAGGUAUAUAUACUGUUUUGUAACUUGUAUCUCCUAACAUGGUUUCAACAUUUUUCCACAUAACAUUCACAAAAUUAUUUUAAACGGCUGCACAGCCUUUAGGUGUACUACAAAGUAACCCAUUUCCUACCGUUAGGCACUUUGGUUAGUUCUACUUUACUAUUAUAAACAACUUUGGGAGGUACGGUAAUAACUUUGAGGCUACAGUGAUUUUCUUAAUCCUUUCCAAGGAUUUCAGUAGAAUAUGACAGCGUCCUUUCUCCCAGCAGAUGGAAAUAUUUGGACAUCAUCAUUACCCCGCCCCCCAAAAUCCUUUCCUGAUGGGCAAAAAAGCUAUCUGAUCGCGUCCUGAUUAUCGUCCUGUCACUGAGGUCGCACAAGGGUAGUUUCCUCCCGUGCAACCAGAGCCUGGCCGCCUUCCGCGGCCUGACCUCCACCAAGGUGACGCGGAGGAAGGGCCACCGGCCGCACCCGGCUCAGACGCAGGACGUGCGUGCGCGCGCGCACGAGCGGACGUGCGUGUGCAGACGGCGGCUGCGCGGCCGGCGCGAGGCCUGGUGAAGCUCACACCGAGCACCUGAAAGAAGUUUUCAGCUAUUGUUUCUUAGGCCUAUAAGCUGUUUAAACAACAGUGAUUACCUCCGCGUGUUGUGAUCUGUUACAGGAAUGUGUUUCUGAUCAUCUGAAUCUCAACCAUGUUGUCAAACUGCUUGCAAAAUUUCUUAAAAAUUACAAGUCCUCAUCUAUAUUCAAGAUUAUGCCAGCGAUUAAUAGGAAGUAAAAGGAGGUUUUUAGGAACUGUGCCAACGUUCAGAUUUCGUAGGCGGGUUGUCAUUACAGGCAUUGGAUUAGUGACUCCUCUGGGUGUUGGAACUCAGCUGGUAUGGGAUCGUCUUAUACGAGGAGAGACUGGAAUUAUUUCACUGGUCGGUGAGGAGUAUAAGAAUAUCCCUUGCAGUGUUGCGGCUUAUGUGCCAAGAGGUUGUGAUGAAGGUCAGUUCAAUGAACAAAACUUUGUGUCCAAAUCCGAUAUCAAGUCCAUGUCUUCUCCUACCAUUAUGGCCAUUGGAGCUGCAGAGUUAGCCAUGAAAGAUUCUGGCUGGUACCCUCAAUCAGAAGCUGAUCAAGUGGCUACCGGAGUUGCAAUUGGCAUGGGAAUGGUUCCUCUUGAAGUUGUUUCUGAAACUGCUUUGAUGUUUCAGACAAAAGGUUAUAGUAAAGUCAGCCCAUUCUUUGUCCCUAAGAUUCUCAUCAAUAUGGCAGCAGGCCAGGUCAGCAUUCGCUAUAAACUGAAGGGCCCCAAUCAUACAGUGUCUACAGCCUGUACCACAGGAGCUCAUGCUGUGGGAGACUCUUUUAGAUUUAUAGCCCAUGGUGAUGCUGAUGUGAUGGUGGCCGGAGGUACAGAUUCUUGCAUUAGUCCUUUAUCUCUUGCUGGGUUUUCCAGAGCCCGUGCUCUGAGCACAAACCCUGAUCCUAAGUUGGCAUGUCGACCAUUUCACCCAAAGAGAGAUGGUUUUGUAAUGGGAGAAGGUGCAGCUGUGCUGGUGCUGGAAGAAUAUGAUCAUGCUGUUCAACGAGGGGCCCGGAUCUACGCAGAAGUUUUGGGCUAUGGACUCUCGGGUGAUGCUGGUCAUAUAACUGCACCUGACCCUGAAGGAGAAGGUGCCUUAAGAUGUAUGGCUGCAGCUGUAAAAGAUGCAGGUGUACAACCUGAAGAGAUAUCCUAUGUCAACGCACAUGCUACUUCCACCCCAUUGGGAGAUGCUGCUGAAAACAAAGCUAUCAAACAUCUUUUCAAAGACCAUGCACCUGCCCUUGCAGUUUCUUCAACUAAGGGAGCCACGGGACAUCUGUUGGGAGCUGCAGGGGCGGUUGAGGCAGCUUUUACUGCUCUGGCUUGUUAUUAUCAAAAACUACCACCUACUUUAAACCUGGAUUGUACAGAACCAGAAUUUGAUCUCAAUUAUGUUCCAUUAAAGGCACAGGAAUGGAAAAUUGGGAAAAGAUGUAUUGGACUCACCAAUUCCUUUGGUUUUGGUGGUACUAAUGCAACACUUUGUAUUGCUGGCAUGUAGGACAAAUCACUUAUAAUUAAACAUAGAUUUUUUAAAAAAAUAUUAUAAACUAUAUUAAGCUGACAAAUAAAAUAUAUAAAUAUA